CGACUCUCCUUAAUUCCACCCAUUCGCCGAGUUACAUCAGUCUGAUAUUCGUCAUAUGCUUUCUCAAUAGAUUGCUGCAGAUAAAUAAUAAUAUUUGCAGAAAUUUUCUCUAUAAAAGGAGGACAACAUCUCCAUCAGUCGCCGGACGACUGCGGACGUCGUUGUUCUCCAGCCAAAUAACCACACGAACUUGCAGCGUCUGCAAGGCAGGGAAGGGCGUGCUCUCCUUUUUUUCCCCUGUUUACUUCUUUCAGUCAUUUCUUCAUACAUCUGGUGGGGGAAACCCUCGCCCGUCAUCGAUCUCGACGCGAUGGGACGUCGGGUAGGGAUCAGCUGCAAGGUGUAUCACGGAGAUAUGUUUCUCGGAGAAGCCGAGGCGUUUCCGAUCACCAAUAAUAACAGCAGCAGCAAGGGCCAAGGCUUGCCCUUCCCCAACAGCAGCGAGAUACGCAUCGAUCACCUCGCCCCUCCCAGCGAGCGGUGCCCUCCCCUCUCCGUCCUCCAAACCAUCUCCCCUUUCGCCGUCCGCUGCAAAGUCCAAGCCAAGUCCCUCUCCGAACUUUCCCUUCUCCACCGCCUCUACCUAUCCUGCUUCCAAGAACGCAAGAGUGCGGUGGUGGUCAUCGGGAACGAAGAGCUGCAUCUGGUGGCAAUGCCGAGCAAGGUGGAGAAGGUCUCGUGCUUCUGGUGCUGUUCGGUUCAGACUGGGCGCUAUACUUCUUGUUUGGGCAUGCUCAACCUCCGGUGCCUUGCAAUUGUAUUUGAUCUUGAUGAGACGCUCAUCGUUGCCAACACCAUGAAGUCAUUUGAAGACCGAAUCGAGGCCCUUUCACGAAGGAUUGAUGGGGAGAAUGAUCCGAUUAGGGUUUCUGGAAUGUCUGCUGAAUUGAAGCGCUAUAUCGAGGAUAAAGAUCUCUUGAAGCAGUACAUAGAGAUGGAUACUGUUUCUGAAGGUGGGAGGUCGAUUAGUGCUCAGAACGAGGAAGUUCCGCCUGUACCUGGUAUUCAGGAGAAAAUCGUUCGGCCUAUCAUACGGUUGCUAGAAAGGAACAUCGUCUUGACUCGCAUUAAUCCCGAGAACCGUGAUACUAGUGUUAUUGUAAGGCUAAGGCCUGCAUGGGAGGACCUAAGGAGCUACUUAACUGCCAAAGGACGCAGAAGGUUUGAAGUUUAUGUUUGUACAAUGGCUGAAAGAGAUUAUGCUUUGGAAAUGUGGAGGCUUCUUGACCCGGAUGCCCAUUUGAUCAGCUCAAAGCAACUUGUGGAUCGUGUAGUAUGCGUAAAAUCAGGCUUGAAGAAAUCGUUGCAGCAUGUUUUCCAGGAUAGUGUUUGCCAUCCAAGAAUGGCUAUGGUAAUUGAUGACAGGUUGCAGGUUUGGGAUGACAAGGAUCAGCCUCGAGUUCAUGUUGUCCCUCCAUUUACUCCAUAUUAUGCUCCUCAAGCAGAGAUGGCCAACGCUGUUCCUGUACUAUGUGUCGCAAGAAAUGUUGCGUGCAAUGUCCGUGGUGGUUUUUUCAAAGAAUUCGAUGAGAAUCUACUGCAGAAAAUAUAUGAAGUGAAUUAUGAAAAUGAAAUAGUUGAUUUACCUAGUGCUCCUGAUGUUAGCAACUAUUUAAUCUCAGAGGAUGUUAACAGUGCACAAAACAACAAUAGAGAAGGUCCUGUAGUAGAGGGAAUGACUGGUUCUGAAGCAGAACAUCGAAUGAAUCGGCCGGUAAAUAUCAGUGAUGAACGACAAACAAAACCUCAAACACUGUCAAACCGUUCCUCCCCAGAUGAUGAGAUGCUGGUAGAUCAACCAUUUGCAAGCAACAGAAAUCUGUGUAAUGAAUCAGGACAAUCAAAUUUACUUGCCCCAUCCAUGUUCAUUUCUGUCUUGCAAGAAAUAGGCAGGAGAUGUGACUCUAAGGUGGACUUCAGGUUUGUUAAUGGAAGCAAUAAGGACUUGCAGUAUUCUGUUGAAGUUUUAUUUAGUAGUGAGAAGAUUGGUAUUGGUAUGGGAAGGACAAUGAAAGAGGCUCAGUCACAAGCUGCUGAGAAUGCUCUACGUAAUCUGGCAAGAGAUUAUGUAUCAUUUAUUGCACCUGUCGCCAGUGGUGUGGAUACAGAAAUCACUAAGCAUCCCUGUGGGAAUGAGAAUGGAUUCUUAAAGGAGAAUUACAGCUCUCAGGAUGAGUCAGCUAAAAAAGAAGACUUACCUGUUGCCAGUACAUCAGAAAAUUCAAAAUGAGGCAUUUCAGUCAGUUUUGCAUUCAGAUCCGGUAGCUUAUGACUAAAAUGUUCCACUGAUCGGAUGAUGCAACUUCAGAAAUUACUCUUUGCCUUUUGUACCCCAGCGUAGAGAAUCAGGCGGUCAACACGAGGUGCAAGUCCUUAUAGUAUGUGGUUCUUACAGUUGAUCCAUUGGCCAACACUUGUCUCCUGCAUUAUGCUUGGUGCCUUAACAUCAUUAUAGAGCAGGAGGGAAGUCAUCGUUGUCUGAACAUGCCGGGCCCAGUAUCGCAGAGAGGUUAUUUUUUCUUGAUUAGUGAACCGGUCUACGGCUCUUUUGACUUGUGAGUAUAGUCACAUUUUGGUAGACCAUCUGGCACAAGAUAUUCCUGUUAGUUCUAGCCAAACAUUGAUGGUUUAUGUGGAGAGGCUAUGCAUUUCAACAUGACAGGCAUGCAAAAAACUCUUCAACAUCAGAUGCCAUUCACUCACAUCUGUCUGAUCAGAGUUUUCACAUCUCCACUGUAAUUGUAAGCUUUUACCAUGCUUCAUUUUGGAGUGUUAAGAUUUUGUACAAGAUUUCAACAUCCUGUAGACUGAUGAUGCUUCUCAGGUAGUAAUUUAAAGGAGUUGCAAGCUUCUUCUUUGCA